GCUUCGUCUCCUUUAUGCGCCUGCGCAGAACUCCCGGGCCCAGUCAGCCCGCGCUAGUCAAGCCGAGGAGGCCUCCUCCUUCUCCGCCUUCCCGCUUCUCUGGCUUCGAGGCCCCGCUUCCUCGGCCACUCUUUCCCCCGGCGCCAGGAUGGCGGACGAAGAGCUGGAAGCGCUGCGGAAGCAAAGGAUGGCCGAGCUGCAGGCCAAGCACGGGGAUCCUUCCAGUGAGAUUGCACAGCAAGAAUCAAAACAGAGGGAGGCAGAAAUGAGAAAUACUAUUUUAGCUCAAGUUUUGGAUCAAGCAGCUCGUGCCAGAUUAAGUAAUUUAGCUCUCGUAAAGCCAGAAAAGGCCAAAGCCGUUGAAAACUAUCUUAUACAGAUGGCAAGAUUUGGGCAGUUAGGUGGGAAGGUUUCAGAACAAGGGCUGAUAGAAAUACUUGAAAAAGUGAGUCAGCAAACUGAGAAGAAAACAACAGUAAAGUUCAACAGAAGAAAAGUAUUGGAUUCGGAUGAGGAAGAUUAAUACAUGAAAUACAACAAAAUGGACAUCCACCACAAAUCAUCUGGAAUAUGUCAAGGGAAAUACGCUGUUCCUGACAUAGUUGCAGAUGAAAGAUUUACACAAGUUUUUUCUGCACACAUUUUUUAUAUAAAGGGAAAAGAAAUGAUCUCAUGUUGUGGCUAAUAAAAUUAAGUGAAUGUUUGUUCAUAGAUCAUUUUUGUAUAAUGGGCUGAGAGGCAAACCUUUGUUAGUUUUUUUCUCAGGCUUCAGCCCUCCUUUGACACUGCCUGGGAGAGUCCACUGUGUUGUUAGCACAGUCUUCAUCCAUCAUUGCAAGCAGCCACAGGUUUUUGCAAUCUUUGUAGACUUAUCUGUGGGAAACCAUUUGGUAUUUGUAAGCUGUGGAGGAAAAAGAUGCAUAGAUAAAAUCCAAUUCUAGUCCCAAAUAAUUAAAAAGUAUGUAAGUUAUUAGCCUCUUCUAAUUCAAGUCCCAUUGAUUUCAAAGGGUCAUUGUAUAUGGGACUGAAAUUGCAUUUAGCCCACAAAAUCCCUAGUCUCCUUAACUACAUUUAAGGGUUAGGCACUUGUAUUCCCAUAUUAUUUCUUCUGAUGACCUUAACGUGAGCCAGGAUUUGCUGUCACUUUCUUAAACUGGUUUCAAAGUGAUGGUUAAUAGCAGAGCCUGGUUAGUAUGUGCCGUCCAUCGAAAGGAUCAGGCACCACAUGAGAAGCUUGCAGAUGAAUCGGUUCACGACACUUCUUGCAGCUUGCUAAAGUCCUUUUUUUAAAAACCAAACAAGAGAAGUUGGUUGGCAAAAAAAAAACAUGUUUGUAUGAUAUCGUAUCUUGCUGGGUUAUUGGUUGUAUUAGAAAGUGGUGAAGUUUUGGCUAGCUCAUCAUGAAAUUGAAUUUAUUAGAUAUGCAGAGGAAAGUUUUGUUUGUUUUACUUUGGUGCUUUUUUCUUCCUAAAGCAGCUAGAAUGCUCCAAGUAUUGGGCAAAAUUCAAAGUCAAAAUUUGAAAGUCUGAUUUCAGCUUUCAGAUGGAAACAGUGUGUCUAAAUCUUCCACGGUAAAAUCAAUCGCUUAUCCAUAGCUUGGUUGUACACUGCUAAGUAUCAAUGCAACACAGUACUGUAUAAACAAAACCCUUGUUUUUCCUCUGGCUACCUUCAUUUUUGAAGUAUACAAAAUGGAUCAGACCAUUGCCCAAAUCCUUACCUUUGUUUUACAUGCAUGAUGCCAUUGUAACUUGUGCCUUUUGUUGGAAAACGUAAGAAAUGUUCAAUCCAUACACUGCAUCAACGUCAUAUGUAAGAUAGGAUGUACAAUUGGGAGAGGGUUGCUCCUUUUCUGGUUUGUGGACGUGAGGUAUAUUUAACAAAAGCUUUGAAGCUGGGAUUAAAAUCUUUCGAGAGAAAA